AUGGCUGCCGUCUCCCCUGCCCUGCUGUGCCUUGGUGCCCUGGGCUGCCUGUGGGGCCCAACGGCUGCAUUUGUGGAAUUCCAGGGCCGUUACUUCAUCACGGCUUUCUUGGAGAAUGGAGGCGCUGAGAAGCCCGACUUCCGCCUGUACGUGUCGCCACCGCCCAAGGGGCCCCCGACAGCGGUGCAAGUGAGGGCGCACCCGGUGGGGGAACCGCCCUUUCGGCGCGCGCUGAACCUGCUGCCAGGCACUACCGCGUGGGUGCGCCUGCCCAGCGCUGUGGAGCUGCGGGGCUCGCGGCGGGCCGCGGGGGGCGCCGUGCGCUUAGCCGCGUCGCGACCGGUGGGCGUGACAGUGGUGAACGCGCGUGGGCGCACAUCCCUAGAUACGGCGCUAGCGCUUCCGCGCCGCCUGCUGGGUACUCGCUAUGUGGUGGUGACGCCGUCGCUGCAGCCCAGCGAUCGGCACAAGGAGUUUGCGGUGGUGGCCGGCGCUUGGCCCACGCGCCUGAGCCUCACGCCUCCGGUGCCCAUCCUGCUGGAUGGCGUCGAGCAUGCUGCCGGCCGGCCCCUCCUCGUGCACCUCGACCCGUUCCAGGCGCUGCAGGUGCAGAGCGCAGGCGACCUCUCGGGCACCCGCGUCGUGGCCACUCGUCCCGUCGCGCUGCUGGCUGGCCACAGUUGCCUGCAAGCGAGAGAUAAGGCCUGUGGCCACGUGUCCGAACAACUGCUGCCCCAGGAUUACUGGGGCCGCGUCUACGCGGUACCCCCGUUCGCGCCCGCGGCUCCCGGACCCAGAGACCGUGUGUACGUGGUGGCGGACAGCCUGGGCAGCCUGAGCUUCUGGGGGGGCGGCGUCAAAGGGGCGCGGGCUCUGCGCCUCGGAACCGUGCUGCACUUCGCGGUGGACCCAGUGCGCCCCCUGGUGCUGCGCUCCUCCGCCGGCCUGCAGGUGCUCUUCCUGGCUGCCGCUGCGGCCCGCGGGGGCGUCGCCUACGAUCCCUUCUUCGCUCUCCUGCCUGCGGUGGACGCGUUCAGCCGCAGCUUCGCGCUCACCGCGCAGCCCGGCUUUUCCAACGUGGCGGUGCUGCUGGCGCGCGAGCCCACCCCGGUGCUCCUUGAUCAGCAGCCGCUGCCCAACCUGCACUGGCGCCUAAUCCCCGGCGGCCCAGAGCAGCACUCUGGUGAAAGCCAAGCUCCCGCUCCGGGUUUCGUCUGGACCGAGGUGGCAUAUGGGCCUGAGCCCGGAGUGGUGCACUUCCUGGAAACUCCCGGGCCGCCGGUGGGCGUGCUUAGCUUCGGCACCGCCCCUGGCGCGGGCUUCGGGACCCAGGCCAUGCGGCAGCCAAGCGUGGAUAUUCUGACUGCGGAAGAUCCGAACCCUCCCGCAGAAUUCUAUCCCCUUCUAGAAUCUUCCCUGAUGAUGCCACUCCAGUUCCCAGGAUCCUGUAAGGACCAUGUAUGCUCCAGUGGAACCACAUGUUACCUCGUGAGGCACAAACCUGAGUGUGUGCCCGGCACCCUGGCCACCGAGAUCAUGUUCAGUCCCAAGCCAGUAUCUCUGAAGGACUCCAAAAUGGUGUCCAUCUCCAGGUCUAAAACCACAGCAGUGCCCAAACCAGGAUCAGAGAGCACACCUGAAGCAGAGCCAGGGCUUGUCUCCAUGGCCAUGAAUGAACUUCAGCCUCAAUCUUUGGCUUUGGUAAAACCAGAACUUGAACCUCUGGGUCUAAAAGAACCAUUUCCUGAAGCCCUGGUUGUGGCUGAACUAGCACCCGCACCUUUCCCCCUGCCCAUGCCCACAGCUGAACCAGAGUCCAAACCCAAGACAGAAACCAUCCCAGCAGCCAAGAUGGGGCUCAAGGUGGUGGCAGUGACUAAACCAGGCUCAGAGGCUUUCUGGCAAGAACUUGAAACUGUGUCUGAGUCCAAAAUGCCAUUGGAGGCCAAGCUGGAGACAGUGGACAUCUCCAGUAAGGGGCCGGGGGACAUCACAGGGGGUACCUGCUGGGUUUCUGGACUGCCAUACAUCUACACUUUUGACGGCUACUCUUUUCCUGUGCCUGGGGGCUGUACCUACAUGCUGAGCCAUUGCCCUCAGGCCCUACCCAGUGGCCUCCCUGCCUUCCAGCUGUGGAUCGCCACCUCUGGAGAGAGGCAGCCCAUGCGCUUUGUCACAAUGCGUAUCUUUGGUGUCACCAUCACUGCUGUCAAGCAUGAGUUCGGCUUUGUGCAGGUGGACCACCAGCGGCUCCGGCUGCCGGCGACGCUGCACGGAGGGAGGCUGCGGUUGCAUUUCCGCAGCUCAGAACUAUGGGCAGAGGCAGGUCUGAAGCAAGAGCCACCAGCGCUGCGCCUGGUGUACGACUGGCAGCACGCGCUCUCUCUGCAAGUGGCCAAGGGCUACCGGGCGCACGUGGUGGGCCUGUGCGGCAACUUCAACCAGGACCCGGUAGACGAUGUGGGCGGUCCGGACCUGCGUGCUUUCUUGCGCACUUGGGCCUUGCAGCCACCGGACGCCCCAUGCCACGCCCUCUGGGCUGCUCCCUGCGCCAAGCCAGCGUCCCCAGCCGAGACCCCAGGGCCCUGCGCCAUUCUGGCCGAUCUGAACGGGCCCUUUAGCCCCUGCCACGACGUGCUGCUGCCUGCGCCCUUCGAGAUCAGCUGCAGGGCUUGGAUCUGCCCCUUUCCCAACUACCGACCUGCGCUUUGCUUAACUCUCCAGGUCUACGCGCACGCGUGUCAGCGCCUGGGUGUCAGCAUCGACUCCUGGAGAUUCCAGACUGGCUGCCCCAUUGAGUGCCCCCAAAACAGCCACUAUGAGCCGUGUGGCUCCUCCUGCCCCGAGACGUGCAUGGGUCCGUUGGGAGUGUCGUGCCCGCUGCCCUGCGGGGAAACGUGCGCCUGUGACUCCGGCUAUGUUCACAGCGGUCCUGCCUGUGUCCUGCGACGCCGGGGACCUGGUGGCUGUGGCUGCACACACCAGGGACGUCUGCUGGGACCAGGCGAGACUUUAUGGGAGGGUGUGGGCUGCAUGCGCCACUGUGUCUGCCCAGCUUUAGGAGGGAGCGUGAUCUGCAUCCAGGGUGGUUGCAGGCCAGGCGAGCGCUGCAUUCUGUCCCGCGGCCUGCGCACCUGUGUGCCCCGGAGCCUGGCCACAUGCGUGGCAGCCGGCGGAGGUCACUACAUCACCUUCGAUGGGCGCCGUUUUCACUUCCCUGGCUCUUGCGUGUACCUGCUGAGCGGCCUUAGUUCUCCCGCACCUCAGGAGCUGGCAGACUUCCGUGUGCUCCUGGGCACCAGUCCUGAUGGAGUCCCAAGUAGCCUCGAAGUGCUUCUGUCUGGUUACCACCUGAAGCUGGACCCCAAGGAACCCGGUCAUGUCCUGGUGAAUGGAGACUGGCAGAAUCUACCAUUCCAGGCUCUGAGCAACAGUACCCUCAUCUUUCGCCAUGGCUGGGACACUGUGAUCAGCUGCCCCUUUGGCCUGCGCGUGACCUAUGCCCCUGGGAUCCGCGUGGUAGUGGAUCUUCCAGCAGCAUAUAUGGGCCAUGUGGCAGGGCUGUGUGCUGACUACAAUGGGGAUCCUGCGGAUGACCUCCAGGUGCCUGGAAUUGUGCUGGGCACCAACAUGCCUGAGGAUGCACUGGCUUGGGCCUUUGGCCAUAGCUACUUGGUGGGUUCCCCGACUGAGUGCCUGAAUGCUGCUGACAAGAGGCCGCUGCCGCCACCAUCCUGUGUCACCCUGCCAACCACCAGCACCCCAGCCCACUUUGCCCACAUCUGUGACAUCCUCUUGGACCCCCUGGGGCCCUUCCAGCUGUGCCAUGAGAUGCUGGCACCAGGCCCCUAUGUCCAAGAUUGCAUGGUGGAUGUAUGCCUGGGUAUUGGACCCUGCCCCAUGCUCAGCCUCUACUGUGAAACUUGCCAGCUGCUGGGCGGCCAAGUCUUCCCCUGGCGGAAUUCGAGUCUGUGCAGCCCGCUGUGCCCCGCACACUCGCACUACACGCUGUGCGCUCCGGAUUGCUCAGCCACUUGCGCGGGGCUGAAGACACCGCCUGGCUGCCACGGCCCUGGGCUCUGCCGCGAGGGCUGCGUGUGCGACGCGGGCUUUCUGCUGAGUGGCGCCGUCUGCGUGCCCCAGGCUCAGUGUGGCUGCCUGAGCGCCGGCCGCUACUUGGAACCCGGCGCCCCGCUGCCUCCCCCUCACCCCGCGACCAACCGCUGCUGCCGUUGCCACGCCGGCGGCCAGGUGGUCUGCAAACCCUGCCGCGCAGCCCGGGGCCGCCCAGGCGUCUGCCUCGCCUCAGACGGACUCCGCUUCCGCACCUUCGAUGGCACCACCUUCCACCUUCCAGACGCCUGCACCUAUUCGAUGGUGGGCACGGGCAUGGGCCGCCUUCGGGGUGUGUGGCCCUUCGAAGUGGUGCUGGAGAAAGACCCACGGAUGCCCGAGCUCCGCCGCGUGCUGCUCCGCGUGCAUGGUCACCGCUUCGACCUAGACUGGGAGGACUGGGGAAACAUCACGGUGGACGGCGUGCGGCGCUGCCUGCCCUUCGCGCUGACCAACGGCAGGGUGCGCACCUUCGCGCGGGGCGCCUCCGUGGUGCUCGCGGUGCGUGGGGGCCCGCGCCUGCUUUUCGGGCUCGGUGGCCACCUGAGCGUGGAGCUGCCUGCGGCCUACCGCGGCCUCACGCGCGGCCUCUGCGGCAACUUCAACAGCAAUGCGUCUGAUGACCUACAGCUGCGGCCCGGACCCUGCGGCGCGCCACAUCCCUGCCCGGGUUCGGGCUGUCCACCGGCCGCCGGGAACGCGGGCGCAGACCCAGCGUGGCGUGGCGCUUGCGGCCUCCUGCGCGAGCCCAGCGGCCCCCUGGCACCCUGCCACGCACUCCUGCCGCCGGAGCCCUUCUUCCAGGCCUGCGUGGCCGACAUGGGCCGCGCCCGCGGGAACCGCAAAGUGCUCUGUGCCUUCCUGCAAGCCUACGUGGCUGCCUGCCAGACGGCUGGGCCCUAG